GCGUCAGUCUGCACCGGCGGAGCAAUCGGGUUGGAUGGUCAGUACGGUGAGGGUGCGCUUCACGAAAGCGGGUAGCGAGGACGAUCUCCGUGCAACGAGAAAGAAAGAAAGCGAGAACGGUUGUCAUGACGUUCGCGUGAGCCUCGUGUCGUACACGCUGUGCGAGUCGCCGUCCGAGAAACAUGUCGAGUGAUAUCGUCCGGCGCUCGGGUCCGCGAUUCACCCUCGGCGGUGUAACGGUGCUGUGGAAAUUGGUGCUGGUUCUGGUGGUGGUCGUGAUCCUGUCCGGUGUCUACGCGGAGAGCCAGGGACCGUCCCCCGACUUCGGCAGGCACGCGCUGGUCAGACCGCGGAUUUAUCAUGGGAGGACCAAGCGGCAGAUCUCGACGACCAAGGAGAACGACAUCGACCACGCGGACGUGUUGACGGUAGGCUUCGAGCUGAACGGUGUGAAGCGUAUCCUAGACCUGAGGUUGAACACCGACCUCGUACCAGUCGGCUAUCAGCAGCGUCAUCAGCACGAAGGCACCUACAAAGUUCACACCCCCUCGAAAGUUGAACUAUGCCACUACCAGGGCAGCGUCCGAGAUGUUCCCGGUUCCUGGGUGGCAUUGUCCACUUGCAGAGGACUGCGAGGUGUCAUCUUCGAUGGCGAGAAUCUGCACCACAUCCACCCGGAAACGGAAUCCCUGGACUCGGACCACUACGUCUACAAGCACAGCGACUUCAUCGGCAAUCACACUUGCGGUUACGAGGGAACGCCGCACCAUACUCUUCACCACCCUGUGACUGUCAGCAGAGCUACCAGGCACAAAAGGGCGGCUGAAGUGAUCCGCGGGCCUUACAACGCGAACAAACGUUCCCGGUACGUGGAGCUGGUCCUAGUGAUCGACAAGAAAGAGUACGUAGCCUUGGACGAGAACUUGGACAAGGUGUACCAACACUGCAAAGACAUCGCUAACAUAGUGAACGCGCUGUACAUGCCGCUGAACAUAUUCAUCGCUCUGGUUGGCGUGCAAGUCUGGUCGGACACGGACGAGAUAACCAUCUCUUCGAAUGGAGACACCACCCUCACAAAUUUCCUCCGGUACAGAAGGGAGAAGCUGGUCCAGGACAUACCGAACGAUAACGCGCAGCUGUUGACACGAAUCACGUUCGAAGGAGGCGUGGUCGGGAAAGCGCUGAAGGGGCCGAUCUGCACGUACGAAUUCUCCGGCGGUGUCUCCAUGGAUCACUCGAACGUCGUGGGAUUAGUAGCCGCGACCGUGGCCCACGAAAUGGGUCACAAUUUCGGGAUGGAGCACGACUCGGCUGACUGCGAGUGCCCCGAGGAAAAAUGCAUCAUGGCAUCGUCGAGCGGCUCAUCGGGGCCGACGCACUGGUCGACCUGCUCCCUGGAGCAUCUGGCUCUGGCGUUCGAGCACGGUAUGGACUACUGUCUGAGGAACAAGCCGCAGAAGCUGUUUGACAGCCCGAUCUGCGGGAACGGGUUCGUCGAGCCCGGCGAACAGUGCGACUGCGGCUUGAAGGAGAACUGCGACAACCCCUGCUGCAACGUGACCACCUGCAUGCUGCACAGCAACGCGAGCUGCGCCACCGGAGAGUGCUGCGACUUGAAGACCUGCAAGCCGAAGACUGCUGGCACCGAGUGCAGGAGCGCCGAGCACGAGUGCGACUUGCCGGAGUACUGUACCGGACAGAGCGAGUACUGUCCCGCAGACGUGUUCAAGAUGGACGGAGAGUCCUGCAACAUGGGCAAGGCUUUCUGCUACCAAGGGACCUGCAGGACGCACAACGACCAGUGCAAACUGCUGUGGGGUCCUACUGGCAUCUCGUCGGAUGACCAGUGCUACGAUAUGAACAACAAGGGUACCAAGCACGGCAACUGCGGGUACAACAGAAUAGAGUCCAGCUAUGUCAAGUGCACCGACGAAAAUCUCCUCUGCGGAAUGCUUCACUGCAAACAUUUGAACGAAAGGCUGGAGUUCGGCAUGGAGUCUGUAGCUAUUCUGAGUCACUCGUUCAUUAACAACGGUGGCAAGAUAAUACCGUGUCGAUCGGCGAUCGUGGACAUGGGCUUGAACCAGGUGGAUCCUGGCUUAGCUCCUGACGGAGCUAAGUGCGCGUCUGGCAAGAUGUGUGUGAACCAGAAGUGUAUGUCAGUAGCAGACCUGCGCGCGUCCGUGUCCAGCGGCAACGCGUGCCCCAACGAAUGCGGUGGCAACGGGGUGUGCAACAGUCUGGGUCACUGUCAUUGCAAUCGCGGCUUCCGACCGCCGGACUGCACGCAGCCAGGCGUAGGCGGUUCAGAAGACAGCGGUCCGGCUGAGGAUCCUAAUGCUAGGAACGACUUCAUAAUGGCCCUGUACAUUAUCUUUCUGGGGAUCGUACCGAUGGUCGCGCUAUCCAUGUUCGGCGUGUGGUACGUGAGAAACCCCGGCCAGCACUGGAAGAAGGGAAUGAUGUCGACGAGCGAUCGCGGCCACAAUGGGCUGUCCAUCAAAACGAUCGACCGUCCGAGUCCCUUGCCCCGUAACAUCGAAACGAUCGAUUCUAGCCUGAGUCAGGACCCGGCGUGCGCGAGUUUAUUGCCGAAACCGGAGACCGACGAGCGUUACAACAAUAAUCUGUUCGGCCAGUUCAAAGGGUUCUCGAUCACGCCGAUCAAGAGCCAGUCGAAGGGCAACGAGCCGACCAAGCCGGCUCCACCGCCGCCAACGAUCCCCACCGUGGCGAUCAAGACCAACAUCAGGACCCUACCGAAGAACAAUCCACCGCGAAACUCGCUGCUGAACACUACGUCCAGCUUCAACAACGAAUCCUCCACAGCUCCGACUCUGCCACCGUUGAAUCCCGGAUGCACGGCGCGUCCGUUGAUCAGCAGCCCGGUUCUAGCCGCCACCACAUGCACCUCUGUAGAAUUGGUAGCGCCGAAACCACCUGUCAGACCUGCCAUGGACGCGCCAACUAGACCAGCCCCAGCACCGCCAGUCACAGCGGAGCUUCAACGACCCCAAAGACCCAACAGCACACCGUUGACCAACGUGCUAGUCCCAGAGCCGGAGAAGAGGCCUGACAAAGGCGGCACUCUGAACAGGCUAGCCUCUAUACUGCGACCCAGCUCCGGGAUCAUGAAGUCAGGGGGGCUACAGGUGUCCCAGAAGGACGAGAAGAACACUAACUCUUUACCCAGGUCGCAGCACCUUAAAGCCAACAAAGUGAUCGACAAGGAGAUCUUGAGGAAUUUGGAGAUCUCCAACCCCAUUCCCCAGAAGGAGAUAGAGAUCCCUACUCCAGCGAUACCGGUGAUCACCGCAGGAGACACGGAGAAGAAGAACGUGGUGCUACGAGCUCAGUCUAUGAGGGACAGCAAGAUCACGCCUAGACCAAACAUCCAGACGUUCGGGUCUAUGCGUCAGACGACACCUGUGAAGAGGCCCACUAGUAUUCCAGCGAGCACCAGGCCCACCGCUCCACCGCCGGGACCUCCCACCGCUACUAGCGCAGCGGAGAAGAUCAACGAAUCUGGGAAGAUCCCGGGACUGCCAGGCUACCAGACGCCCCAGGUGAAGAGCGCGCCGAAGGUGAUCGACAACGCUUACGACGACUGCAUGAACCUUGUCCCCGAGUCCCUGACGAAGAUCACCGAGGAGUCACCGACCAGCGACAACAUCUACGCGGUGAUAGAGGAGGCUAUUCCGGAGAAGAGGAAGAACCAGCCGGAGGACAAGCAGAUAGAUAACGAAUAUAAACUGCCAAAACCGGUGGAGAACGCCGGGAACCCCGGCAUGGAGACGAUGGGUCUGCUGUCGGAGAUCGUGCUGGAGAUCUCGAACAGGAACUUCGACUCCAUCUACUCCACGGCGACGCUGUCCCGCAAACCAGUGAACGAGAGCGAAGAAGCAGGCAAGAACGUCGAGGACCUAGGAUCGAACAGCUCGCUAGGCGCGUACGUGAACUCGACGCACUACAAGUCGCCGGGCAGCAUCUACUCGAACUCCGCGUCCGGGAAGUUCAACUCGUCCAGCUCGACGACCAGUUCCGGCUACCUGAACCCGUCGGUGCUGAACGUGCCACGGCAAGCGCCGGAGAGGACGGAGACCGCUAGGCAGAUCGACAAAGGUAAACUAGCAUCCCUGAACUCGUCGAAUCCCAAUCUGAACGAUGAUAUAUCGAAGGAGCUGGGAAUGAAGCCUGCCAGCGACGCGGACUCUUGUAAGACUGGCUUGAAGACUCGACCCAUCCAGCGUGCCACCAAUCCGAAGACGGAAGAAGACAAGGUGGACGGUAAAGACCCGAAGCCAGUCCUGGGCCGAACGAAGACGCCGCCGAACAUCGCGAAGAGCUCGAAGGAGGCCGGCGUCAGGCAGGGUCUGGAGAACGCGUUGAGAUCGAAGCAGCAUUCCGACGGCAGCUUGAAAGGGUCUAGGCAAGGCUCGAGCAACCCGGGCGCCACAGCUACUGCCCAGCAACCCGGCGCUGGGGACAAACAGGACACUUCAGCGACCGUAAAUAGAUUAUCUUUGAAAACUGUGCCUUGUAGCCCUAAGGAUAACGCUGGAAAGUUCAACAGUCCGGAUCUAGUGUCGAGCUGUUCGAAUUCCAAUCAAAUCAGUACAAAGUCGCCGGACGUUCUCGCGAACAGCGGCAAGUUCAGCUUCCAGCCGAAGGCCGUGCAGAAGACAGCCGCCGCGCCGCCGAGGACGCAGACCGUCAAGAGCCCGUCUACGCCGUUGAAGCCGUUGAACGUCGCGUCGAAGACGGCAGCUACGUUAGCGGAUAGGAAGAAGUCACCGACGAGUGGGACCGUCGGCAACGCCAGCAAACCGCUGCCGGCGAAGGAGCCGGCGAAGAUCGCGCAGACGAAACUCGCCCCGAAGACAGAGGCUAAAACCGGGGACGCCAAGGUGAACCCGGUGCAACGGGCGGCGACCGGCAAGUCGAACGUGGCGUCCCUUCAGCAGAAGUUCGAGGCCAACAAGAACGCGAACGCGGCGAGGACGGUGACCAGCGGGUUGCACAAAAAGACAAUGGGAAAGGAGGCGGGCGGCGUGAAAAAGUAGACGCGUCGGAUCCACUCGAAUCUCGAAUAAUCUAGUCUGUCGGUAGCUCCGCUUGUCGAGGGCGCGAAAGAAGGGACAGGUUCGAACGAUGGUUCCGAUUCGAUGUUUAUUUUAAGGCGGGAUAACGGAAAGGAAAGGUGUGUUAUAGUACAAUGAUCGAGGUUUCGGACGACCUUUCGGCGAGGGGCGCUCCUCUCGGAGCGCACGGGAGUCGUGCGAUUCGCGGCGUACACGGAACGGUGUACGGGACGAGCACGUACGGUAGGGGAGCACUCGGUUUCGCGGCCCGUUGUUUCGGGACAACCUGUAUCUACCACUGUAAAUAGUAGUCACUUAAAAAUCCUAAUAUUUUUUGUAGAGCAUCACCCAUGACUUAACCCAGAGAUACAACACCGGUAACGCUCGGACGCGACGUGUGUAAACGCUAUCGCAGCGAUCGUCGACGAGAUAUUAAUCGUAAGUGGAUUUUUUAAACGAGAUACGACAAAGCGCGAACAACGAUUUAUUUUCAAAAGGAACAAAGAUUUCGCCGCGACGUAAGAAAUUC